CCCCCCCCCCGUAUAGAGUGACAGCCGUUUUGGCCAAUUGGGAUCUGCGUUUCUGCGCAGCUCCGUUCUAAGGCUUUCCAAGCUAGGAUUCACGCUCCCGCGAGAAUCAGAGAGACGGGCCUAAGAAGAGGUUGGAAUGAAAGGCUUAUAUUGGCAGCACAAUUCAUCUGGAGAAGAGGCCAGUUUUGUUUUCCUGGAAAAGGAUAACCUUCCUGUCGCAAGAGACAACUAUGUGAAAGUGCAAGUUAAAGCCUGUGCUCUAAGUCGGAUCAAUGAUAAGCUUUUGUCAGAAAUCAAGAUCAAGAAGGAGUUUCUACCUGUUGGAAGGGAAAUUGCUGGUGUUGUUUUGGAGACUGGAAAUAAAGUGACCUUCUUUCAACCACAUGAUGAGGUAGUCGGAAUUUUACCGCUGGAUUCAGAAGAGUCUGGUUUGUGUGAAGUUGUUCUAGUUCAUGAACAUUAUUUAGCUCAUAAGCCAGAAAAGGUCUCCUGGCUUGAAGCAGCAGGUACCAUUCGUGAUGGUCUUCGUGCAUAUACAGCUCUACAUUACCUCUCCUAUGCCGCUCCAGGAAAAACUGUUCUGGUGAUGGAUGGAGCAAAUCCAUUUGGUACAAUAGCUAUUCAGCUAGCACAUCACAGAGGAGCCAAAGUAAUUUCUACUAUAUAUAGUCUUGAAGACAAGCAGUAUCUUGAGAGGCUUACACCAUCUGUGGGUGUCAAGCAACCAUUAGUAGCUCGUAUUAUAGAUGAAACCAAUGGAACAUGUGACCUGACAGAAAGCUGUUUGGAGGAGACAGGCGGAUUAGGAGUGGAUAUCAUCCUUGACACAGGAGUGAGAUUAUACAGUAAAGAAAAUGAAGUAACUUCACAACAAUUGCUGCCGCACAAACAUGACAUUAUUUCAUUGCUCAGUGUUGGAGGCCAUUGGGUUACCAUGGAAGAAAAUCUCCAAUUGGAUCCUCCAGAUAGCCGUUGCCUUUUCCUCAAAGGUGCCACAGUCUCUUUCCUGAAUGAUGAGGUGUGGAAUUUGUCAAAUAUGCAACAAGGGAAAUAUUUAUGCAUUCUAGAAGAUGUAAUGGAGAAGCUAUCCAGUGGUGUUUUCAGACCUCAUUUGGAUGAUCCAAUCCCAUUAUAUGAAGCCAAAGUUUCUAUGGAAAUGGUUCAGAAGAACGAAGCAAGAAAAAGACAAGUUAUCCAGCUCUGAAGCACAGAUUCUUAGCUUUUAAGUGAAGUGUAAAUUUGUGAACUUUGUCUCAAUUGCCUACUUAUAAAGGAUUGGUCAAUGAAUUUCAACUAA